AUGCCGCCGUCGUACAUCCGCCGGUACAUGAUCCAGAAGCCCGAGGACUACCACCGCUACAACCGCCUGUGCGGCUCGAUCCGCAAGUUGGCGCACCGCCUGACCAUGCUGCCGCCCGACAACGCCACGCGGCGCCGGCACGAGGACCUGCUGCUGGCCAAGCUGUACGACAUGGGCGUGCUGUCGUCGACGUCCAAGCUGAGCGCCGUCGAGAAAGGCGUCACCGUCUCGGCCCUGGCCCGCCGCCGCCUGCCCGUCGUCAUGACCCGCCUCAAGAUGGCCGAGACCGUCCAGGCCGCCACCAAGAUGAUCGAGCAGGGCCACGUCCGCGUCGGCACCGACGCCAUCACCGACCCGGCCUACCUCGUCACCCGCAGCAUGGAGGACUUUGUCACCUGGGCCGUCGGCAGCAAGGUCAAGCGCAACAUCAUGAAGUACAGGGACAAGCUCGACGACUUUGAGCUGUUGUAA